AGCAGACGCGUCUGGCUCUGCCUCUCUGUGCCGAGCGCUGGCGAUCGGAGUCACCCGGCCUUGUUCUGAGGCUGGGCACCAAGCUCCUGUCGCUGGCUACACUGAGAGUGCUCCCAAAUUCAAACCCAGAUCCUUCUGCCAGGCAGAAGCACGGGUUCAAAGAUGGAGUUUACUGGAAAAGGAAAAACCUCUGAAGGAAAAGGCUUGUCUGGCUACCCUCUUGCCAAGAGGUUUUCCCUGGCAAGUCCCUCUAUGCUCCUUCCCUCCAAGCCAUUGCCUCCCAUCCAGAAGAGCUCUCCUUCUACCAAGCCAAGCCUGAUAUGCAGCGGAGAGCAAGAAAAUGGGAAAGAUGGCAUUGGCUAUGCUGAGGACAGGAGAAAAGAAGAGGAGCUGAGUUCAGAGGGACAAGGACAUAAAGCUUCCUUGCUGUAUUCCAAUGGAGGGGAUAUGAAGAAGGGGUCAUUGGGACCACCUCGGAUUCCCCCCAUAGGCAAGGCAGUAAGUCUCUCUCUUGGCAGUGCUGUGGGCUCUCUGCAAAGCUCACCGCAGCUGGAAUUCCAGGAGUCCCAGGAAAUGAGGUCAGGAUGCAGCAGCAGAAGCAAGGAGGAGAACUCUGAACAUGCAGGCAUGACUAGGUUCAUUUUCUCCAAGUCUUUCCGACCAUGUCCCUCUUCGCUCCUUCCCUCAAAGCCAUUGCCUCCCAUCAGGAUCAGCUUUCCUUCUUCUAACAAUAAUAAAAUGUACAGCAUGGAGAAAGAGAACAAGCAAAGUGGCACUGGCUAUGAUAAUGACAGUAGAAAACACCAGGAGCAGAGUUCAGAAGGAAAAAGUUAUAAGGCUUCCUUGCUGUAUUCCAGUGGAGGGGAUAUGAAGAAGGGGUUAUUGGGACCACCUCUGAUCCCCCCCAUAGGCAAGGCAGUAAGUCCCUCUCUUGGCAGUGCUGUGGGCUCUCUGCAAAUCUCUCGGCAGCUGGAAUCCCAGGAGUCCCAGGAGAUGAGGCCAAGAUCCAACAGCAGAAGCAAGGAGGAGAGCUCUGAACAUGCAGGCCUCCCACUGAGCCAGGCCAAGGAGAUGGAUCAUCACACUGAUCCUGGUCUUACGAGUGACACAGACCUGAGGGAAGGGUUUGGAAAGAUCCGUGCUGCAUUGUGCAUGUUGGCUCAAAAGAACUUAGAGCGGAAGGACACAGAGAUUUUGGAGAGACAGAUGAAGAAAAGGAGGCAAAGGAAAACAUCCUUGCAGCCCAUUCUGGAGAUAGUUGAGCCCGGGGAUGAAGCUGAAGCAAACUUUAGCCUACCACCUGUUGAUGGCACAGCUUCUAGAGUGCAGAGAAAACACCCUGGUAGUGCCUUGAAGAAGAAGGUCUUGAAGAAGCAGGACAAUGUGUCCCUACUGCUCAAUAGGCCCAUCAUCCAUGGGGAUGGCAGCUUCCCACGCAGCUCCUCAGUGACCUCGCAGACGGCCACUGGUGCCCAGUGCCGAGAGGAGCCGCUCCGUGGGCAUGGGCAGAAGGACAGAGCCUCUCCAGACCCACAGCACUCCUUGCUGGAGGCACUCUCCUUGCUCGGCAGCGAUGACUGGUAA